CCGCCACGGUGCCCUGCUCUCCUCCCCGCUCACCACCGCACGCCCCCACCCCGGGUCGGCUGGCCUCCGCCGCGGCCGGGCGUCCGUUUCCCCACCCCCACCCCCUCCGUAGCUGCGCUACCGGGGGAAACGGAAGAAAGCGCGAGCCAUGGAGGGGAACCGGGAUGAGGCGGAGAAAUGUGUGGAGAUCGCCCGGGAGGCCCUCAACGCCGGCAACCGUGAGAAGGCCCAGCGCUUCCUGCAAAAGGCGGAGAAGCUCUACCCACUGCCCUCGGCCCGCGCACUAUUGGAAAUAAUUAUGAAAAAUGGAAGCACUGCUGGAAAUAGCCCUCACUGCCGAAAACCAUCAAGUUGUGGUGAUCAAAACAAGCCCAAUUGUACAAAGGACAGCACAUCUGGUAGCAGUGAAAGUGGAAAGGGCUAUACCAAAGACCAAAUAGAUGGAGUUCUCAGCAUAAACAAAUGUAAAAAUUACUAUGAAGUACUUGGAGUUACCAAAGAUGCUGGUGAUGAAGAUUUGAAAAAAGCUUAUAGAAAGCUUGCUUUGAAGUUUCAUCCAGACAAAAACCAUGCACCUGGAGCAACAGAUGCUUUUAAAAAAAUUGGAAAUGCUUAUGCUGUUUUAAGCAAUCCAGAAAAACGAAAGCAGUAUGACCUCACAGGCAAUGAAGAACAAGCGUGUAAUCACCAAAACAAUGGCAGAUUUAACUUCCAUCGAGGUUGUGAAGCUGAUAUAACUCCGGAAGACUUAUUUAAUAUAUUCUUUGGUGGUGGAUUUCCUUCAGGUAGCGUACAUUCAUUUUCAAAUGGACGAGCUGGUUAUAGCCAUCAACAUCAGCAUCGACACAGUGGACAUGAAAGAGAAGAAGAAAGAGGAGAUGGCGGUUUUUCUGUGUUUAUCCAGCUGAUGCCCAUUAUUGUAUUGAUCCUCGUGUCAUUAUUAAGCCAAUUGAUGGUCUCUAAUCCUCCUUAUUCCUUAUAUCCCAGAUCUGGAUCAGGACAAACUAUUAAAAUGCAAACAGAAAAUUUGGGUGUCGUUUAUUAUGUCAACAAGGACUUUAAAAAUGAAUAUAAAGGAAUAUUAUUACAAAAAGUGGAAAAGAGUGUAGAAGAAGAUUAUGUGACUAAUAUUCGAAAUAAUUGCUGGAAAGAAAGACAACAAAAAACAGAUAUGCAGUAUGCAGCAAAAGUAUACCGUGAUGAUCGGCUUCGAAGGAAGGCAGACGCCUUGAGCAUGGACAACUGUAAAGAAUUGGAGCGGCUGACCAGUAUUUAUAAAGGAGGAUGAACUGGGAUUGUAUUUAUACCUUUUAGCGUACUCUUUAUUUUUUCUGUAAGUAAGUUUAGUUUUAUCAUGAAAGCUAAAGAAAAAGAUUGGAUGUUAAAAACUAAACUGAAUAGUUGGUCCCUGAAAUCUUGGACUGUUUAUGACCUACUGACUCCUUUAAUUAGUAGGGAACUGAAAACUAAAAUUAAUGUUUUAGUUACGCUUCUGGCAAUUAUUUUCACUUUAAAAGCUUAUAUUGUUCCUAACUAAAAAUGUCUUGAGAAAGGAUUAUCACACCUGUAGCCGUUUCCAGUUUUAGUGAUUCUUCAUGUUUCCUUUGGUCAUGUAAAUAUUUAUGGAAUGAUCAUUUUGUGCACAUAUGGGUUACUGCAUUUUUAUUUAAAUUCUUUUAGCAUUUAAUUCCAUGAGACACUUUAGUUUAAACUGAUAGAAUACAUGGUCUGUGACAAAAUUACGUUCUUCUUGUCAGAUGUCAAAUGGUUGUGGAGUUUAAGCAAUGAAACUUUUUCAAAAAGAAAAGAAACAACAAAAAGCUAUUUAACUGUGUAAAUCUUGUAGCAUUAUCAGCUUAGAGGGAAUUGAUAUUUUUAAUAUUGCCAUUAUAUUCCAGAAUAUAUAUUGAGAUACAUGAACUGGUGUAGAGUAUCAGUUUGCUAUUUAGUUUUAUGAAUUGCUAAGCCAUGCAUAGAAAUGAAAUGCUAUACUGAUAGAUUUUAAAGAAAAUAUGAGGAAAUGGCUAUGUAGAUAUUAAACAAAAAUGGUCUUCAACAGUAAAUUGAAGUUAUGUAAUUUGCAAUUCCAGUAAUUCAAAGGCCCCACCACAUGUUUCUAUCUCUGUCUUUAAAGGCUGCUAAGAUUUAUGAAGAAGAGGACCCACCUGUUUUGCCCCCCUUGGAAAUUUUAGUUUCAUCUUAGUGAUCAUUUGAGCAGGAUCCAGAGUAAAUGGGUUCUUCUACAAAUGAGUAAUAAGAGAAAAAUACUACAAAAUCGAAGCUUUGUGCCUUUUAAUCUGAUUGCCAACUCUUAAACAUAUAAGUAGAUUACAGCACACUUACUUGAUCAGAGCAUGAUCUAUUUGGCCACGUGCAACAGUGAGCAGAAAUAUAGCAGCAGGUAGAAUAGUGAUUUAUAGCAAGUUAUCCUUACAAAAUUCUGAGCUAAAAACUAUUUGCCAUUGAGAAUUCAAUUAAUCUUAUAGGAGUAAGCUCUCUGUAACUCAAUCCAUAAUAUAAAUUAGAAAAAUAAGCUGGAAAUUGAAGUUUUUGGUGCCUGUAUAUUGAGUAUGAAACUAUUUGAUUUCUAGUCUUCUAUGUUUAUCAGUUCUAAUCUUUUAAUGAUUUUGCUUCAUACUCAGUUAAUGGAACACAAAUGCAUCUUUGGUAAUUUUUUGUAUGUGUGAAAGCAUGCUAGUUCUAGUGGUAGUAUUCUUUUGUUUAGAGAUUUUUUUUUUCUGACUGUAGUUGAUUUUAUAGCAUUUGUUGAAUAAAACUGCUAUAAUGUCCAUUCUCUUUAAAAUGUUCUCUUGUAUCCCCCUUUCCAGGUGAAAUCAGUAAAAAUAUCUGAAUGAAUUAGUGAGUUACACUAAACAAUAUACUGCCCUAGGAAAACUGGACAGCUUCACCAGUUUUCUUUUAGAAAUGAAACUUUUAAAUUAAAAAAAAAAAAGAGCAGUGCUUAAAAGAAAAUACAAAUUUAAAUAUGUUCUUGAGCCUGCAGAAUGAAUUUUUAGAAAAUAAGUUCAUAGCAUUCUCACUUCAAAAAUUCAUAUACAUCCGAAAACUUACAAAACUUUAAAUGAAAAAAUUUCAUCCAUUUAUUUUUCCACUUAUAAUGGGAAAUUUACACUACUGUGAUUGACGCUAAUGUGAAUUGAACUCCUGUUGAGUGAUUCUUUUUCCCUUAAUCUUGGCUUUAUAAGGAUAGAUGAAGUUAUCAAGUUAAGUGAAGUUAUAGAUUAUAAAGUCAUAUAUGGCUUUUGGACAGUAUUAUAUUUCCGUUGCUGCAUUCCAUCACAUUUCGUAAAAUGUUUGGGAAAAUGUGUUUGAUAAAAUAAAAUUUUCAAACAACUGUGAGAAAUAACUGAUUGAGUGCCUGAUAAUUUAAACCACAUACAAAGUAUGCAAGGAAAGAUUAAGUCUUCAGUGUCAUCUAUAUUUUGGUGUAAAGGCCCAACCAAGUAGUCUGAGAAUUUUGUGUUAAUUCUAAAAAGUAAGAUUUGACCUGUCUUGAGAUUUAAGGUUUUCAUGUGUGCUGUUCUUACAAUAAAAAUCCCAACAUUUUGCCAUCUUAUUUUUACUACAUGAGCUUUGCAAUUUCAUUUGAUAAGUUGUACUGUUCAUUUUAACCAUUGCCUGAAAGCUCUCAGUCUUUUAAUGCUGCUUUACUAGCCUUUCAAACUGGUAUUUUAGAAGUUUGGCAGCAACUAUAUUUAUUAAUGCUUUACACUUUUAUCUCUUUUUACACAUACAUAUGAAUGUUGUCCUUGUGAGGAUUUGGUGGAAAGUAAAUAGUACCUUUUCUCCUCCUUUUUUGGUUCCUUAGUUCCGAAGUAGACUGGUGCUAGUCGCUUAUAAGCUUCAAAAUUUGUUUUGAUCAAAUCUGAGAAUUUCAUUCUCAAUGAGAAUAAUUCAAGUUUUAAUCCAUCUAAUAAAAACAAUAUAUUUUGGGAACAAAUUUCAUUUGAAUGCUUAAAUAAGUAUUUGUUUCAUAAUCACUGCAUUUUUCUUUAUAAUUUACAGAGAUUUGAUAGACUAAUAAAUCCUUAAGGCAUGUAUAUUGCCAGUGCAUUAAGCCACUCUACUUUUGUGUCAGCUCAGGUGUUCACAGGAACAGGAAUGUAGAGGUCCAGCCCUUUACUGUGAUUGCACUUUUACGCUCAAGUUUUCUUCUUGUUAAAUCUUAACUUCACUAGUAUUUAAAAUAGUGUAUAGUGAGAGAAAUGAUUACCCUCUCCAAUUUUUCUUUGUUGAUCUGUAAUAGUUUUAAAUGCAGCUGUUAUAUUUAAUAACUGUGACAUAUUAUUAAUGCAUUCCCAUAUAUUUCCUUAAAAAAAAAAUCUCCCACAUGUUAAAACAGUGAAAUAUUUUUUGAUGUUGACCUGAGAACCAAAUGAGCCAUCUUUCCAGUUAAGUAAGUGUUACGUCCAUAUGGUUCAUAGGACCAUAUGGUUCAAAAGGAGAAUCUGUGCAUUUAUUCAGCUUCCCCACAUGAAGCUUAGGUUCAUGUUACCAUCUGUCUUCAUCCUGAGUGAAGCAAACUGAAAGGGCAUUCAUAAUCCUUUUUCUUAUCUGAACAGGAAAACUUCUGAAAACGAACAAUUAAUCAGAAUUUUAAUCCUUACUAAAUAGCUAAAAAAUGUGUCUAUUGGCUACAUUGGACUAUUGCCUAGUUAAAAUCUGUAAAAUUCUCUAUAAACCAAUGAAAAAGGAAAGAGUAUAACAGUAACCUACAAAACUUUUUAAGUUCUAAUUUGUAAUUACAAAGAAGUGAGUAGAAAGGAUCUUCAAGGAAUUCUUGCAUGUCCCUUUAAUAAUCUGACAGGCAACACAGUCCUAGAAUUCAGGCUUCCUUUUUGGUUUCCAUUACUAUUAGAGACACUUUCAUAUAAAUGGAAACAUUUUCCCUCAAAACAGUACUUCAAAACAUACUCCUUAUAUUAAGGAUUAUAUAACCACGUUUUUUGUAAGUUCUCUGUGUGUAACUUUUUCCUGUUGGUACGUGAUUCGUUCUCAUUUAAUUUUAUUAUCUGCUGGUUUUGGGGCCAAUGGACUUGUGAAUAUUCUGUGGAUGUGUCUAUGUAUAGGUGUAUAUAUAUAUAUUUUUCCAGCUAAUACCUCAAAUGUGUGAUUGUUUAAUAUAUACCACACUAUGUUUGCACAAAGCAGGGCUUCCAUUAGUAGUGGAUAUUCUUAUUUCUAACUUUGAAAAUCAUUCCACAGAAUUUCAUUGGUGUGAAUUCUUUGCAUUGAUCCUUUUCAAAUUUUACAACUGAGAUUCCUAUUAGAAGGCCCAUACUUCAAAAUAUAAUUGUAUGUUUCUGUCUCUAGCAACGGAACUAUGUAGGGGUAAGAAGUGUUUCUCAAAGUGUCUAGUUUAGUAAGUUAUUAUGAACAAUUGGGAUUAUUGGUUGCCAAGCUGUCAAGCUGUCUCGUAACUGCACAGCGAUGACACCCGGCAUGAAUUUGAGCAAGUCUUACUCACUUUGGCACAGGAGUCGGGACAUUCCAGUCUGAUUCUACUUUGCCAUUUAAGAGUACCACUAAAAUAAUAGAGGUUUUCCGGUGACAUUGGAGUAUUUUAAGCAUCAAUUUCAAAAUGAAUUGUUUUUGAGUUGGCUGUCUAUACCAAUGAUAAGAAAGAAACUCACACAUAAGUUAUAUUUUGUAAUGUAUUUAUAUUAAGAAAUGCUUCUUACCUAUUUUUGUUUUGUUUUCAUUUUUUCAAUGGCUACAUAAGACUUUCUUCCAUUUAAGGUUUAAAUCAUGUGUUUUUUAAAAAGCUGCGGUAAUUUUCAAGGUGUGAUGAAAUUUUAAUGGAAGCCUUGUGUAAGUUAAAUGAAAUGAAACUGGUAAAGGAGAUCUUACUUUGUCUAUAGUGCAUUUAAGAUUAUAUAAUUAGAUUUAAAAAUGUCUGGUUUGUAAAAUACUUAAUGUGGUAUCAGACUUAUAAAAUAAAAUUUUCUGUGUGAGAACUCUGUUAAAGAAACUGCAUUUGAUUUUUAAUGAAUGUUCUGCUGAAUGAUUUGUGAUGAAUUUUUGUCUUUCAGUCUCUGCAGUUUAUCUCAAUAUAUGAAUAAAAAGGUCUGUUCUCACUGUGAA